AUGGAGGAAGAGUACGGUGUAACCGAUUCACCCCGGAAAGGACCCACCCUUUCAACGUCAACCUCCAGCUUCGAGCCGUUCGACGCCCACGAUCCGAAUCUUUCGCGAUUGGCCACGAAAAUGUUCCAAAAAACUGGCGAAUACAUCACGCACGAGUUGGCUUCCACGGUGGAUGAUUACAAACUCGUCGAAAACAUGAAUCGCGCAAUGAUGAGUAAGGUUGCGGACAUGCGACAAAUGUCGCAAUCGAUUGCAGCAAAAAACACAGAAUUGAAUCAAAAGUAUGAGGAAUUGAAACCCCUGCUGCAAAGGAUUGACGACAUCGAAUCAACGGUGGACAAGCUUGAAGCAGCCGCCUAUCAGCUGGAUUCGUACUCUAUUCGUCUAGAAAACAAGUUCAAAUCACUUAAAACCAAACAGUAA